UACAGUCAUAAACGGCCAGGUUUCUGUUUCUCCUAAAACCCCUGAGUAUCCAUAAAUGCAGCCUCAACGGGAUUUUCUCCUUCCUCAGGCCCAAGCAGAAGCUGCCUGUCCUUGUCGCAGGAACCGCUCCGACUCUACAGGCCUCCAGUUCCCAGGCCAGGCCAGGCCACGCCACGCACUAAGAGAUUUACUCAGGCUUGAAAUUCAGCGUAGGAGUGACUUUGUAGAAAUUCCUUCCACCACCAUGAAGAGACAUGGUUUUCCUUUCCUCUUCUGCAUCACCUUCCUGGUUCUGUUUGAAGUUCAAGGCACCCUGAUAAUGAAGAGCAGAAGAUGCUCCUGCAUCAACACCAGCACUGAGACAAUCACCCUCAAAUCCUUAAAAGACCUUAAAAAAUUUGCCCCAACCCCUUCCUGUGAGAAAACAGAAAUCAUUGCCACAAAGAGGAAUGGGAAUCAAAUAUGUCUAAACCCAGAUUCAGCAAAAGUGAAGGAACUGAUGAAACAGUGGGAGAAGCAGGUCAGCCAAAAGAAAAAGCAAAAGAAAGGGAAAAAAAAUCAAAACAGCAAGAAAACUGUAAAAGUUAAAAGAUCCCAAGCUCCUCAUCAAAAGAAGACUGCAUAGGAGUCCAGUUUGCCAACAAAAUUUGUUUUUAAUUUAAAUUUAAAUUUAAUUUAAUUUAAAAUUUGUUUUUAGUACCAAAAUAAUUCUAAGAAGGAAUGGCCUCCAAUAACAUGAGCUUGUCAAUUUGACUAGAAAAUGUAAAGCACUGUUAUGAAAUUGUAAUUAAAGCUGAAAAGUUGA